GCCCCGCCCAGACGCUGUGACAGCAGCAGCAGCAGACGCCGCUCCUCAGACUGCUCGGUGUCCAGGUGUUCAGUGUGAGAUAUCGCAGAGAUCAGGACUGUUUUAAAGCCCCGUCAGUGAAUCUGCAUGACAUGGCCUAAUGUGAUAUGCUUUGUCUCCGUGUCCGGCUGUCCCUCGGACGUGUGAAAUGCCGUCACCCCGCCCCACCGCUGCCUCAUCUCCGUGAGAAUGAAGCGGGAACGCGGUUAAGAUGAAGACUGGCGGCGCAGGGGACAGAAUCUGAGCUGUGUUUGUGUUUAUACCUCGACAUAGCGGGCAGCAGGCUAGCCUGUUUACCUAAGACAGCUGAGACACCCGGCGGCGGCUCGGAUAUCUCAAUCGGACGACCAUGGCUGGACUCAUCAAGAAGCAGAUCCUGAAGCAUCUCUCCAGGUCAGUGUUUGGCGUCGUUAGCAGACAGGAGGACGACGACAGAGGAGCUGUCAAACAGACGUUAGCUAGCUUUCACCAGAAUGUUACUUCAACAGACACAAACGAGACCAAAAACAAGUUAAAUAACCAUCUAACGUGGGUGUUCAUGACCUGUCUUAUUGUUAGCUAUGUUAUCCCACCUAGUAGACACCGUCUGGCGGGCUGUCAGUUGAUGUAACCCCGCUGACCUGAGACGUGGCUAGUCGGCUAACGAGCUAACAAGGGGGUUAGCUGGUGAAGGCUAAUCCCUCAGUACUUGUUUUAGCAGGUUGAACCAGUCGAGUGGUUGAGUCAGAUUGCUUAAAACAAUAAUCUCAGCCUUUUCCCUCGAGGUAAAAACAUUCUACAGUCUCUGUUAGGUAAUAAACACACACACUGCAGCAUAAAGAAACAGAACUUGGAGGUGAUAGGACUUAAAUUUGACAGAAAUACUUCAUCAUGGUGAGGCUGUGCGCAGGCUUGCACAAAGACGCACCCUGGGGGUUCAGGUUUAUUUACACCGGUUUAAGAUUGGCUAAUGAGAUUUUGUCGCCUUUUACAAAUGUUAAAUAACUUCUUAUGUUUUAGACUGGGGCCUGACUGAUACGGAUUUUUUGUACCGAUGCCGAUUACCGAUUAAUCGGCCGAUUUUUUAAAUUUUUUAAUGAAGUUAUAAAAUACAUAUAUACUGUAGAUAUCUACUGUAUACUAUAUACUGUAGAUAUACUGUAGGCUACUGCUCUUCACGCCGACAGGAAGACCGACUGAUCAAACUCAGACCAGAAAAGCGUCUUCAACUACCAUCUACAGGAUAAGUCGGGGAACUUUUCAAAUGGCGAAACAUUUUCAAAUUGAAACUGAAUCUUAUUCUCCGCAUUUUAUUUCUGAAAAUAUCGGCAAAAAUCGGCGAGUUUUGGCCAAUUACCGAUUAGUCUUAAACGGGCUAAAAUUGCCCUGUUUUGUACCACAGUUGACACAAGGGGAGUUGGUUAAAGUUUUAUUUUAAAACAAGAGAAAACAACAUCGGCACAUCAAAACAGUGCAAAUACUGUUUGGUGCAGCUGAGCAGUCAGAUUAAUAAUAAAGGCAAACAUGUGGUUAUAAUGGGAGUCAAUGGGGCAAAUUUGGUCACGAGGUUAACAAGCGUCGGUGUGAUGCAAAUCUCCCACUCUAAACACUUCCAAUAGACAGGCUUUUGGAAUUAAGAAAAUAAAAAUGGAAAAAAAAAUGAGUGCCAAAAUUUCAUGCAGCUAGCCUUUAAACUGACUUUUUCCCUGAGAGACGAACAAAAAAAAAACCCACCUAAAAUGUCACAAGAUGCUCAGAGGGUAAAAGGGAUAUUCCAGUGUAGAAUUAAGGGUCAAACACACCGCAACACUGAGUUCGACACCCCCUUGAGAGAUGAAUGUUGCUGACCGCUGCUUUUCUAGUAAUACCAACUUUAGUAACAACCGCAUGAUAGCAAUACACAGCGGUCUGAGGAGCCAUAAACAAACCUCAACCAAAACGCCACUCUAUAGCCACAAAUAAUGCUCAGAACAGCACCUAACUUCAUCAACAGUACAUAUAGGGUCCUAGCCACAGCACUAGCCACCAAACAUUUGUUUUUUUACUUUGCCAGAUUUCUGUAGCAAAGAGACGACUGGCCAACAUAACUCACCGACUCUCUUCCAGCAGAUGCUUGAUUGUUGUGAAACCUCGACCAGUCCAUCAUCAACUGCAGCGGGGUGACGCAGCUCAAGGAAGAACAUUUAUGAUCAUUACUUUAUCAUUUCCUUGAAGUAAUAAUCGCCAUAUUAAUCAUUUUGCACUGCAGACGUGGUAGUUCUUCUGCCUUGGAGUCUCGGUCUGAUUGCAUUUCCAUGAAGAUGGGGGUGUCUAACUCGGUGUUACGGAGUGUUUGACCCUAAAUUAAUUUUACGCUGGACUUUCCCUUUGACUCACUUUGACCCAUUCCAGGAAAUUUUAAGCACCAUGGUUCUGCUUUAGCUGAUGGAUUUAACUCAUUCAAGCAAAACCCAGCCUCAUCACAUCCACAAUCACAGCUGCUCAAAAUACAAGAGAAAGAUUGAUUAAUUAGUUGGGCUGAUUGACAGUGUUAUGGAACUGGCCAAGGCCUGUGCUUAUGAGGCUGAUGGGUAAAACAAAGGAAAUUGUCUGCAGACACUGCAGGCAGCCUCAUCGGUGUGGAUUGUUGACAUCCACUUAAAUGGCAACUUGUCUCCAUCUUCGAUAACAGCAUUUAUACCUCGAACAUGUGUACUCUAGUGUUUGAGAUACAAACAGUGUAUUAUGUCUAUGACCAACAAAUUUUCAUGUCAUAUCUACUGUAAAAGAAACUGUGUAACAAAACUUAUAAGUGAGAGUCCUCACAGGCUGCAUACAACCAAGAGGGAAUAAGUUCACAGGAAUAGAAAUCUUAAUGAACAAGAACUACAAAGAUACAUUAAAAUAGAGCUACUUCAUUGGAUGCAUACAAGCUAAAAUAGAAAAGAAGCAUAGAUCCUCCAUUAAAUUGUAACGACACAGUAUCUCAAGUGGUUUUUAAACUGUAGCUGCUUCAUGAGCAUGAAAAAUGUGGACCAACAAAAAAAAAGGCCCCCAGCACAACACGAACAGUAACAUAGCUUUAUGUGAAAUCUAACUGUCAUUCUGAAUAACUCAUAAUACAUGUAAACAAAAGCACAGGGAAUGACAUAUAACUUUUAUUGCUGUUUAGUUCAUUAUCUCAACAAAGCAAAUCUUGUUUUUCAUGAUAAUAAAGCCCUGCCAUGAUUAAAAACUUUGUUCUUUAUAGGAAAACACAGCAAAAUAAAUGACAUGGUGCAUUUCUGCUUGGGUCUCCUGUACAAAGACAGCAUCAGAGCAACAAAAAAAUGUCGAAAUAAGAAGAGACCAGUUAUUUGGGAAUGGUGAUAGUGCUUGUAGCUCUGUAUAGUGUAAGAAAACAGAGCAUCGUUGUUUUGGUGCAACAGAAGAUCAACUCAGGUUCAAGAGAGAGACCCUUCCUUUGAUGUCAACCUAAAAGAGUAUUUUUAACAUAAUUUAUUUUACGCAGGGUCGGAUGAUUUUAAUGUGGCUCCGUGAUGUGUUUAAUGGAGCUCCCUCUUGCUGUGCAGGGCUCCAUUUAUUUUUAUGUCUUGCUGUUAUGGGCAGCAGUCAGCUUGCUUUACAUGCAUUAUUUAUUCUUUCCACUGGCCCUCAAGAGAAUUUCAAUGGACGACUUCCUUGUUUUGUUCCAGAGGGAACUGUAUUACACUUACGCACUAACCUGCUAGUGACCCGUCUAAAACAAAGCACAUUCACACCUUUGGCAUUUCUGACACACAGAAGGAGAAAGGAGCGGCAGUAAAUGAAUGAAUGAAUGAAUGAAUGAACAACAGCUGUCCUGUUUUAUUUUGAAAGCUACUGAUGAUUUUGAAAAGCUCGUCAGCAUGUAGGUGGACUGGUUUGUGUGUAAUCCAAGCACAAAGAUGAUUCCGCUUGGCGAGAAAACUCUUUGUGAUGAAUAAUUACUCACCCGCUCAUAAAUACCUUUGAUUGUGUCGAGGAUUUCUUUGUCCUUCACUCUCUUACACAACACCACAGCUAAAAUUUGCAUCGUCUGCUGCUGCCUCUGAUAGCCAUGCCCUUCAUCGUCCCGGCUAGUGUGUGUGUGUGUCCUUUUGCUCUCCCUGUGUGUGUAUGUGUGUGCGAUGUUUCUGCAGAUGACUGUGCAUGCCCUCAGCAGCAUUAGCAUCAACAUUGAUAGGAAAUGACUUGAGGAAUGGUGAUGUCAUCUGCCUUUCGGGCUCGCCAUCUGAUCCUCUGAUUGGCGCUGGCACUGGGCGGAAGCUGACCUGUGCCACUGACAGCCAAUCCUGCGCUAUCAUGAGCGAUGAUGUCAUGCUUAAGUUAUAUGUUUGCAGGUAUGAGAGCAUAAAGCUGGACAUACGACUCACACACUUACUGCACGUGUGCUUGUGCGGCUACAGGUGAUGUUUUGGGUGUCAACAUGUCAACCUAGCCUUUGUACUGUACUGUAGCAGAGGACACACUACUGUCCAAUGAGCGUGUGUAUGAGUGUGUGUCUGGUGAGAGGGCCAACAACUUUACAGUUCACCGGCUCAGAAAUCUACAGUAGAUGUUCCUCUUCUUGCUGAGACAAGUGCAUCGAAGCAUGCAAGACAUAUUAAGCUAGUAGGGAGGGCCUCAUUGUGCUCUGUGUGCUGUUUGACAAAGCUUUGUGUUCGUCUUUCAACAGUAAGGGUCGGUUUUUUAAUAUAAGUCGACAUAACUGAUUGCUUUUGCUCAGUUUUAUUCCCCAAACCUGUGACAGAACUGCUGAUUGAACUCAGGUAGCCCCUUGGGGUGAUUUGAUGACAUAGAGUGUGUUUGCCUGGUUUAGAUUAUCGACAGGACGGUGGCCCACAGCCAGACAGAGCCAGAUCUCAUUACACACACACACUGACACACUCACACACAGUGUGUCAGAUAGACACAGACGUGGCUCGACACAGUGAGGUCACAGUCUGCAUCCUUCUUCCUCCCAAAGAGAGAGAUUUCACAGGAUGGUGUGAGGUCAGGCUGAGCAGUGGGGUAUAGAAACAGAGCUGAUAGAUUCACUCGAAUACAAGUAACAUGAGAAAAAUACAGCAUUUGAAAUUUAACACCAGCAACACAUUACAGCUAAGUUUAGGCAGGUACACAACACAGAAAAGUGUGCGAAAAUAAAAACAGCUGUAGGAACAUCUGACUAAUAAAAACAAUCUGCGACAGAUUAGUGACAUAGCUGGGUCUAAAAAGAGCAUUCCUGAGACACUGAGUCUCUCUGAAGUAAAGAUGGAAGAAACUCUGUGAGAAAAUAGUUCAGCAAUUUCAGAAUAAUGAUCCUCAGGUUAAAAUUGCAAGGAUUCGGGGAUUUCAUCAUCCGUAGUAAUUUUAUUAAAAGAAAUUCCUGAGGGAUAAAGCUGGAACCAAUAUUGGAUGAUGGGGAUCUUCAGGCCCUGGCAGCUCUGUAUUAAGAACAGACAUGACUCUGUAGUGGGAAUCACUGCAUGGGCCUAAAUUAAUCCCAGAAAAACAUUGUCUUACCUUGACAGUCACUGACUUAGAGGAAUCACAACGCUCACACUCCAAAAGCUGCCGAUGAAUUGAUUAUUAUAAAACAUAAUUUACCUUUUUUAAUGUAUAGGUAGAUAGGGUUUAAGAUCACUGUGCAUUCCUGGUGCAUUUUCUGGCUGACAACAACCAUCAAAAGACGCAAGUUCUCCCUGAAAUCCAUUAAAUCUAAUAUUGGAAGAGUUUUUCCUCUGGGCUCACUCGUACUCUCUUAGUCCUCCAAACAUACCUUUUCAUUUGGAAAAGACCCCAACCUUUAUUCUACGAUGCUAAUCAAUGUCACAAGGCCGCCAUGGUAAAAGACUUUUGGCUCUAGACAGCAUAAUUCACAUCCUUAUCUCAGGGUGGACUGUAGAUGCUCAAGGUUCUUGCUUCUUUUGCUGAAAUCAGAGCUGUUAGAAAACAGAAGCCGUUGCUUUUUCCAGAGCCAACCCUUAGAACGAGCUCAUGACUCCAGAGAUUAGUUUUAUUGUCUGGUUGGUAUGCUGGGCCCAUUUUGUGGUUUUUAAGCUAAAGGGCUGUAUGCUAGGCAACUGGAUGGCUGAGGCACAGCUUUCAUAACAAGAAAGAGACUCAGUUUUAGUGAAUUCAUGGGGAUAGAUUUAUUAAAGAAACAUCGUUUAAUAUCUGUAAACAGCUCAGCUUUGUCACAUGAAUCAGAUUAGAUCAUUCAACGGGGAGCUCCGAGUUGACUAUCAGUUCCUCUUUUUGAGUUCAGACCUCAACUUCAGGGAUUUACGUGUUGGAUGUAGGGCUGUUGGAUGAGUGUCAGUCCCUCUUGCUACCACGAGAGCUGGGGUUGACAGCAGCUCAGCUCCCAGCCCCCAGACCAUGGGAGCUCCAGAGAAACAUGAAUUUACUCUACAGGACUCUGCUUUAUUUUUGGUAUUUGUUGGUUUUAAUCACCAGCUCGGCAUUGUUUGAAAAGCUAGUGAUGAUAACUGAGAUACUGGUAAAAUCUUCAACACUCACAGACUCCUAACUAAAAACAGGCCUUAUCAGGGGAGAGUAAGCUGCUCUAUUCACAGCCUCUCGAUGUCUUAAGAGUGUUACAAAUUUUCAACACUGAGCUGCUUUGUUUAGUGAAUUCACCACCAUUACUAAUCAUCCAGAUCCUCAUAUACAAGUAAAACCCCAACACUAGGAAGAGUGGUUCGGUAGCUCAGCUCGCAGCCCCCUCUGGAUUGGUGCGUCAGAUGAAGAAGAGCACUUGCGAAACACUGGAUUGAGAGUUUUUGAUCGUUAUUUUUUCAUACAGGGUCUGUUUGUUUUGACUUACAGUUGUUGACUUUACAGUUGCACCCCGUAAAUUGAAUUGAACUCGACAUGUAAGUUAAAGGAGAUGUUUUCUAUUACGAGGCAGGGAGUUGUUUUCUAUUAUGAGGCAGCUGAGGUUGAGCGUUAGGGAUCUUAACGCAGCAUGACAAACACGCCAUCCAUUGUGUGCAUGCAUAACUUCUCCACCAGAGUGGAUUUAUUUCUCAUUGUGCUGCGGGAAGACGAGUCCAUUUCUGCUUUUGUGUUUGUCAUCAUGAUCCUGCUUACCCUCUCCACCCUGCAGUAAGCUGUGUAAUGAUGCACCACAGCCAUGAACUUCACUCUUCCCAGCGUUACUGCGGCUCACUGCUGGUGGGAAGGCUAUUACGGCGUGAGUCAUGACUGAGUGCCUGGCUGUGGGUGUCUCAUCAAUGUGGAGCUGUGAAGCACUUUCUCUGUGUGUUUGCGAGAGAGACACAUUGGCUCCGGGGUCCCCCCAGGCCCUGGUGUCCUCAGCUGCCGGGUCACAGAGGUCUCAGAUUGUUUUCUCCUUCACUUCAACCUUCUCACCGUCUCGAGCGGGACAUGAAUAUUCCAGGACUCUGUGCUGCCGGUGUGAACCCACUUCAUUUUGACAGGUUGCCUCGGUGUUAUUGAAUCGUUGCUCCCAUUGACGUGUGUGGAGGUGUUCUGGAGGAGUUUAGAUGUGUGUUUUUUUUCUGUUGUGCAGCAGAUAAAAUUAAAGUUUUCCCUUUUAAUAACACAUCUCGAGUGUACAAUCUUUUAUAUGAUUAUUAGAUACAUUUUAGUUCAACAUAUUUCCACUACAAAGAGCUUCAAGACUGGAACAAGUAAAACAACUUAAUCAGGACAGUUAGAUUAUUUCUUUUUGUACAUUUUUGGUUCCCUUAACGUCUUUUCUUCUCACUUAAGUACAUCACAAAAGAUACGUGUUUUGUAAGCAGGAUAGAUUUUGUUUUUAUUUCUUUAAACUUAAAAGCAUAUGAGAGUUAUGGAACAUGCUCAAGAAGAUACCUUGUAAUAUGUUAAAAGGGUCUAGAAGUACCUCUUAAAGAGAGAGACUUUAAACCUUUUCUCUCGAUGUUUCAUUUUCGGUUUCUUGACUCACUUUAUCAGCUUUCUGCAGCAUCCUCUUUCUACCCUGCUGCCAAAAUCCACAUGACGUACACGUCAGUUAUAUUUAAGAUAAGGUCACCUGAUGACUUAAACUUGAGUAGAAGAUAAACACUGUUUUUGGAUGAUAGUUAUAUAGUUAUUUUGAAGGAACAACAACAGCAUGUGAAGUCAAACCUAUUUGCACAGCACAUAUAGAACAGCUUGAGCUGACAGACGGAGGCAGAAUAAAGCUGCAUACAAAGACAAAAAAGUGUGAUGAUUGCAGAUAAAUAUGCUUGGAAACAACACAUUUUUUUGUUGUUACCUGUUUCAACAGUAACAGAAAAUGAGGAUGCUUAUAAAAAAGAAACAGAUCCACUCUCAUAUUUCCAACCGGAAGCUGCUGCAAGUGGAGAAAACAAAGAGGGUCAGUUAAAACUGAGACAAAGUGAAGAGAGGAAGUGAUGAAAUUGACAAAUGAGAGGGUAUCCCAUUACUUACUGUUUCACAGCUGUUACGCUAAAAUGAACUCAUGUGCAUGUCCACAUUUCCAUACAAAGGUAGAGGAAAGUACCAGAUCUGGUUUUGCUCUCAGCAGAAGUCGCACUUCCUCUUGCCUGUUGUGUCUCUCUGCUCCGCCCUCCGUCACAGCCCUAACUCUGUACCAGCAGUGUGUCCAGGUGCAGAACUUUGGUUUUGUGAUGACAUACAUUGAUGGACGAAAUUUUGAUUUCAUAGGUGGGGGGACAUGUGACUUGAUUACUGUUGAGUACUGUUGAGACAUCUAGCUAAGCAAACAGCACAUCUCACACACACAGUAACAGAGGAGGCAAUACGGCCAGCAGGUGGAUGGAAGUACAAACCCGAUACAGGGAUGUAAAUGAUACCUCACAUGGAUGUGACGUUACGGAGGGAGAAUGAACACCGCCCUCCCGUAAACUUACAUCGGCGAUUAGCGAUGUUUACGGACUGCCUCUUACGAGCAACUUGCAAAACACUGGUCUGGCAGGCAUCCUGUACGUCCAGUACGUCCGUGCUUGUAUGAAUUUAAAAAUUGAUCUUCAUGGAGUUGCAGUUGUUUCGGCAAGAUAUGAUACAAACAUGGAUGAGCAGUCUUGUAUCUUCAAAGUAAAUAGAAAGGCUCAAAUAUUUGUCAGGGCUGCUGAAUAAAUCUGGUUCUCACCACAGAUCUGCCAAUUUUUUUAAAGCUCCCAUGAGCAUGAAACAUCUUUAAAUUAAUAUUGGAGCCUCUUAUUAUGUCCUUAAAAGUCAACUAGACAAUUAGUGACAAGACUGGCAGCUUCUUUAUAACCAUUUCUUAAUAUCCAGAGCUAGGGUAGGUAUCUGGCAAAGUGUGAAACAUCCUGUUGUUGUUGUUUUUUUUUACCAAGGCAAAGAUCCUCAAGACAUGAUACACUUGACUGUUCAAAACAACAUGAUUUGUUAAAAGUAUGACUGACCAGCAAGGGGUGCAAAAACUGACACAAAAUCAGAGUUCCUCAGAUGUGCUUGAAGUUUCUCUUGGUAUCUAACUUAAAUAUGAGCCAAAGUAUCAAGUAAAGAAGGCAGACAGUGUCGGCCAGUAAUUCAGUGUGGGUCACACAUGGACGUGUCUGUUAUUUUUAAGUUGUAUUUUAUAGUUUCCAGUUGAUUUAGCAGCACACCCACACUGCAGGCAGUCUGCCUCCAAACACUGCAGUGCUGCUGUCGUCCAAGAGGAGAGCAGCUGAGGAGAGAAAGUCCACAAAAACCGUCAAUAUUUGGCAACGUUUGAUGAAUUUUCUUCAUUUAAAAUAUUGAGAUGAAUGAGCUACACUUUUUGUAACACUUGAUAGCCGUUAAAAUCUUUUUUUUUUCUGCUACGUCUCAACUUCUAACAGCACUUUGUAGACCCGAGUGUUUCUUCUGGUUUGUACUUUGGUCAGUUUGCCUGAUAUCAAUUUAACACCUCUGAGAAUAGCUGUCAGGCCUUUUUGUGUUCUUUAGCCGGCUCAUUACAACCUCCCGCUGACACUGAAUGGACUCGUGAAGGAUUUAGAGGCUGAUUUAAAAGUCACAUUCUCUGUUUUUUUUUUUGUUGUCGAGCCAAGUCUGCUGCUCGCUCAAAUGAGCAGCGGUAGGAAAACCACAUUCUCAAACCCUCCUCUUAAUUUCUUUCAUCUUUAACCUCUCUUUCCCUCCAGUCUCGGUCUUUCCUACUGUGCGUUGCCACCAAAACAAGCCGGUUGUCCUGUUUGAGUCACCCAUACUCUGUUUCUUCAGGCUCCUUUCAUUGUGGGAGUGACGUCAUCAGGCUGUGCCUCAAAUGCGCCGUCAGAGCAGGAAAAAGCUGACAGUCUGUCUCUUAUUUUUUGUCUUUUCUUUGGUUUUCAUUGGAUGCUUGGAGAAAAGGACGGAAGAUCAGCCUUUUGCAAACCUCUUAGAGUCAGUUUCAUGGAUAAAUAUGCACAAUUUUUAUUUUUUGGAGGGGAUAAAAGAGGACCUUAACAUAAAAAGUUAUAGUAUUAUCACUUUUUAAUGAUUUUAAUAUGAAAUAACUGACUGAAGCUAACUUUUACAGAGCAGACUCUGCCAUUAAGAGCUUAAUUUCCAGUUUGACAGCCCUCACCCGCCUGCAGCUAGUCCUAAUCUCUUUACAGGCCUGGAUUUGGUCCGGUGAUCUGGGCCCUGCUGACUGGAAUAAAACCCGACGUGGUGAAAGGAAAAAAAUGACGGUGCAUGAACCCGGUACCCUCUUGCCUCUUGCUGCAGGUCUGUGUUAGAAGCAGGAAUCCCUGUGUGUAAUGGAGCUCAUACAGCAUCAGGGUUAGAAUAGCUGAUGAGCAGCAUAUAGUUUGAUUACUAUGUUGGUUUAUUUAUGACUUUGGAGGAAGGAAGGAGGAAGCAAGAAGUGGCCCUGGGGAGAUGGAUGAGGAGUGAGGGAGUGAGAGGAGCUAGCUGGCUAGCUUGUUGAUACUUGAUCAGUAGCAGGGAUGAAUAUUUCACUGGUCACACAGUGAGAAAAACACUCCAGUGACAGUGUGUUUCUGCCUCUCAGGGUGUUAUGCCCAUUAGAGCUCCUUUCAUUAUUGUAUUAUAUGUGUUUUGUGUUUUUUCAAAAGUGUUUCUCCACGUCUUAUUUCUGAGUUUCUGCUCUUGAUGUCCGCCGCUGAUGAAUAAUUCACGGGGCACGUUUGAAUCUGCCAGGAGAAGGUGUUGAGUGGAAAGAAGUAAGAAUUUGACAGACUGAAUCAUUUAAAGCGUGGGCAGCUGAAGCGUUGCUCAUCGGACAGAGUUUCUCUUCUUGCGCUGCGGAUCCACACUCUGCGAGCAGCACCUCCUCUCUUUCUCCUGAAUCCUGGGAGUCGAAUCAAAACGCAGACCAUCAGAACAAAGGCCUUUUGUCCAGUGAAGAAUAUCCAGUUACUGAGAGGCUCCGUCAUCGUACGUCAACACUUUGCGGUAGCUGACAUGAAAAUUAUCCCUCAAAAUUACAGCCAUUAAGUCCAAUUUUAAGAUACUUCUGCCUCACCUGAUUCCUUGACUUCUUUCAGCUCAGAGGAGAAUAUUGUACUUUUACUAGUACUACACUACACGGGGUUUGACACUAAGUUUUUUCAUAAGGAGCACAUGUUCUCCUAAGUUGAAAAAGUAAGGAGCACACAAAGACCUUUAGGCCUUAUUGUCUGACAUAAGGACUAUUAUUUAAAAUCAAUCUUAGAUCUGUUGGUCACAUGUAAUGGAAGCUAUUGAAGAAAAUGUUCAAAAUUUGUCUUUAAAUUUCACACAAAAUCUUCUUGGAGUACAAUUUAGGGAAAUAAAGAGGUGUGUCUUAUUGUCCGACCUUAGUACUUUUAUUUGAAAUCAAUUUUAGGUCAAUUGGUCACAUUAUUUGAAAGUUAUUGAAGGAAAACAGCCUAUUUUGAGAACAUCAACAGGUAAUUUAUUGAUGGUCCCUUAUUCAACACCCGACAUUUACAGCUAGGGUGCCGAGUAGAUUUAACCGUGCUGCUCUUGCUAUACCUGGUUAUGGAGAGUGAGAAGACACAAGUAGAUCCGCAGUGAAUGUCUGUUUGAAUAACAAACCUAAACUAACUUCAUGAGAAAACAUUUGUUGCCUCGGCUGAUUUUUUUUUUAUGCGCACAUGUGCCCCUAAAUACAUUUUACAAUUCACACACAUCUAUUUUUAGCAGCAUAUGCGAUAUGUCGAGCCCUGCCGUUUGUUUGAUACCUUCAUUCAAUUUGCAGAUUUAGAUUUGUUAAACACAUCAUGUCAUGAGUUGCCCGACAAUUAAUUUUCCAGCUCCUCUCCCUGCUCUCCUCUCUUCACCUGUGGCUGCUUGAUAAUUUGUACGUUGCCACAAAAUGUAUUAAAGCUACAGCCGUCCUCCGUUAAUCUGCAACUUCCUCAUGCUCCCAAACUGAGUUUCACGUUGAUCUGAGCUGCAGUGAAGAAGUGAAAGUGAGAGCUGUUAGACCACUGUCGGGGGAGAAAAGGAGGGUGUAAUGGGGGCAACACAGCAGGCGGCAUGAUAAUUGUUCAGUCUCGAUUAUCAUAUUUUUUAUGAUCAUAAGGUUGAAGUUGAAAUUGGUUGGUUAUAAAAGAGACAUCAGUACAACAACAUUAAUAAUAAUAGUGCUGCCUGAAUAGAUUGGGGUCUUCCACAAUGUUGAUAAGCCUGGGGUCAGUUGACAUUGAUAAUUGCAAAAAUAUAAGAUAGGAAAAAACAGAAAGGAAAAAAAGACAAUCAACACAAAAUUAUAAAUUCAGUGAAAAGACAACAGUGUGUUAUAGAUUUCUCCUGCGUAAACCUUUACACUGCUGAGAAAAUGACCAAAACGUGGGGUCAUGUGACCCAUAUUUGAGCUUUCUGAAUGUAUUCCAGGUCCUGUGAUGAAAAUGACUAUUAUCUGUAAAAGAGACGAAACAAAGACAAAGAAAUAUGCACGAAACCUCCAGAUAAAGAACCAAAACCAAACUUUUGGAAAGCUGAGAUCUGGAACACUGUUAUCGUUGUAGUGUGCUCCACAUCUCAGCUUUCAAGAUCCUGCAUCGGCUGACCUGUGUGUGUGUGGCGUCAUUGAUAGACUCUAAGUAGGUUAUGUAUUGUUCUGGUAUCAGGGCUGUAAUCAGGUGUUCAAAGAUUCCCAGCACUAUUUUCCAGUAAGUCCAAAAAUCUGUCAUAAGCAGGUCAGUCAGUCAGUCAGUCAGUCAGUCAGUGAGUCAAGUGUGUAUUGGCUUUGGUCCUCUUAGCUUUGAUCAGGCUCUAUUCACAGAUAAUACAUUCUGUGAAGUGUGUGGUGAAUUAUCUGUGUAACAUGAUUUAGUCUGCAUGGACUCGAUGGUAUACUUGUGUUAGAAAGUGAGUGUGUGAGAAGUAUUUUUACACCCAUCUGAAAUCAAUGCUCCCCCUGUUUUUGAGGAAUUCUGCUCUGCCGAGAAGCACGGCUCAAUAAAACUUGUAGUAUGAGGCGACUCUGUUAACUAUUAACCAGCGAACAAACCGUGAAAAGACUGAGGUCAUGGACAUUGAGUUUGUGUGUUCAGGUCUAUUUACUGAAGCUUAGGCGCUAAUCGACUGAACACACAGAAUCACUACUACAUACAGAGUCGCUGAGGUUUUAGUAUCAAUAUUUAAGGAAGGUGUAAAUAUGUGUACACUUUGAUUUGUUCAGUGCUGUCCACUAUGUCAACUUCAUUACACCGAAAUGAUGAUGUUUAUCUAGAAAAAUCCUUCUUUAAGGCCAAGUCUUGUUCAUUUUAGUUUAAUUUUUGGUUUUCAUGAUUUAAUCCAGAGAGGACAGGGACAGUAGAUGUAGUUGGAAACAGAGAGAGAGUGGGGAACGGUGUGUAUCUAAAGGGAUAAACCUUUUAAAUACAUUCAUGUUUUCAGUACCUUUUCGAAUAACACUGUCACAUUUCAUUGAAACGCAUGUGCUACAGUCUGUCAGGCAAUUGGGGUGACUUUACUCCAUUUUCAUCAACAUAGCCUCACACACAGACACCUUCAGACAUUUGACUCUGUGACAGUGUAUUUCUUAGCUCUUUGACUGUUGGCUAACCACUCUGCUAAAUUGAUAACAGUUAACUCAAAACUGGCAUCAGAACUUGUCUCUAGUCGUUGAAUUGUUCGGCAUUAACUUCGACACCAACAUUUACGACAAUAACCGAUGUCAUUUUGCCCAUGUCAAAAUAUUUGGUGUGAAAAAAAUUAAUAAAUAAAUAUUAAAAGUUGGUUUUGUAUGUGUGUAGGUAGACUAUGAUCUCAUGUCCCUAUAAGACGCUGUCCUAUGUCAGAGACGUGACUCCACCCCAUCCAGUCUAUAAUAAAGAAGGAAAGACAGGUGAGGAGAAGGAGGACGGUUCAAAAGUUGUAGCGGCUGGAGUGGUGGCUGAAGUAGACAAAGUUAAUUUGGUAGUGGGUGAGCAGCUUGUGGAGUAGUUAUCGUCCAUUUAUUGUUAUUGAGGUGAACUGCUCAAUGCAUUGUGAUAUCGAUUUGAGACCAUAUCGUCCAGCUCUAUUCGGGACGCUCACUGUGUCUCUCCGUCUUCCAUCCCCGUGGCACUGUGGUUGUGAGAGGCAGCCGGCUUCAGUCAUGAUGAAAUACUUUGUUUAGAGAUCAGCGGUGCCAUCCAUUUAAUUUCCCAAACCCCUAAUCUGAGACAUAUUUCCCAUAUUCCCAUAUUUCUCACGUUUUUCAAGUUAAAAAAGCUUGUCUUAUAUCAGACUUUAUCCCCUGCUGAACCUGCCUCCUGUCCUUCUGUCUGCCUUUAUAUCCUGAGUAUGAAACAUUUAACACACUUAGUAAUCUUAACUGUAUUACCUGUUAAUAGAGGUGGUUUCAGCAGCUUUAUGUGGCUUCUAGCUUGCUGCAGUGGUAACAAACAUGAAAAGAUGACUACGCAAUCUUGUUGAUAUUGUGGGUCAAAUUGAGUCAUCAGUACUCAGAGUCUGUUUCAAGCCUCGCUAAAAACUCCUUACACAAGCUUUAAGAGUUAACUAUGGGAACAAAUCAAACAAUUACAUAAUGUAGAGAAAAAAAACACAUAUUUCUUACCUCAGUUUUAAGUUUAUUAUGUUUCCAUCUGUGUAGCUGGGUAAUUUGUCCCUCAGUUUGACUUUGACAGGAAUCUAUACUGAAAUUACAGACUAGUUUUUGAGGAUGCUAUAAAAAAGGAUUCAAGUUUGGUUCCAAAGUAUAAUGAGUCCUGAAAUUAAUGGUUUUGGCUUGUUUAAAAAUGUCUUUUAGGGUGAACAGUGGUGCCAGAUAUCCAUGGCACACUAUUCUUAAAAUCAUGAAAUGGAGAAACUGAUGUGUGUUUGUGUUUGGAAAGGCUUCUCACUGCUCCCAUCCCAAAUACAAAGCAACAGUCGGGGUUUGUUUUGUCGGCUUGUGUCUUUGCCAAGAUCCCGUUUCUAUAAAUAUCCCCAGGCUCAACAUUUUGUGUUUUCAUUUGUGCCUUGUAGGUUUGCUAAAAAUCUGUCACCGGAUAAGAUCAACCUGAGCACGCUGAAGGGGGAAGGCCAGCUGACCAACCUGGAGCUGGACGAGGAGGUUCUCCAGAGUCUGCUCGACCUGCCCACCUGGCUCGCCAUCAACCGCGUGGGCUGCAACAAGGCUGCCAUCAGGGUGAGAGGCACCGUGAUAUUUACACUUUCUCUUAUUUUGUGGAGCAGCUUGUAAGCCUGUAAGGUAAAAUUAACAUAGAGGCUAGAGCGAGGCUUUUAGAUAAACAGUGAACAGCUUAAUUUUCAGUGUGUGCAAAAGUAAGAGUCUAUGAGGUGAUUUUAGCGUAGUAUUGUGCCUGACUAAUGGUGGCCAACUUUCUAUAAUUGUUGCCUGGCAACUGAUUGGAGCCAAAAGUUUGUUCUCUUUGCAAAAUGACCAGUCUUUGUUUUUGCACCACUUCUGUUUGUGUUAAAAUUCCUACACUUAGCAUGCUGACUUAGUGACUUUUACAGCUUUUUGAAGCUGGUAGAUGGAUUUUAGCACCUCCAGAUGGAGCUAAACUAGCUCUUCUUAAAACUAGAUUUUACCUAAUCAUGUUUGAAAUUAUGCACAGAACUAAUGCAGGUUUAUUUUGCUCCCUAAAAAUUAACAUAAAAACUACAAAUUGUUACUACAUGAAAGCUGAUUUUGCCCCCUUAACUUUUACAAGAAAGCUGAUAGAAGAAACCGUGUAAAAUCCUUGCAUUAUUUAUAUUUAUACUGCAUCUUAUACUCUACCAAUGGCUCUGUAUGCUGAGCACACAGACUGGUAGUGCUGUCUGAUGGCCCUGAUGUGCUCAUGAUCGUCAGUGAAAUGCCAAGUGUAAGAGCAGACUCAGACACACCCUGGCAACAGUGAAUGGAGCUGUGUAACUUGCUUCGUGACUGGACUUUUAUUCCAUCCAAGGUCCACGUUCCAACUCUUCCCUUCCUCCUCCUCCUCCUCCACCACCUCCUGAUUUCUCUCUUUUAUUAUUUCCUCCGUCCCUUUUUUUAAAACUCUUUCUCUGCUUAUCUAUUCUUUCCACGAAUCCCUACCUUUCCUUUCCCGUAUCGCUCUUACACAAUCUUCGGGUUUGUAGACUGUUUGAUUUACUUUGCUGUGUCAUUGACAGCGUGUGUAACACUAACGCAGUGUCGCAACUACAGUCAUAACACCUGCGUCAUUACAGUCGAGUACAGUACAGUCGCUGGAGAUUUGUCAGUGAGCAAGCUGGCUGCAGCUUCAAGCCUUUUGUGGCAUUUAAUGUCAAACUGGUAAAAAGGAGAACAGAGACGUGUGUCUGACUUCCUCUCUCGGUAAAUUCCCAUCAUCCUCGAACAAAGAGGCUUCACCACCUUUUAAACACCGUCACCAAAAAAUUUGAGUGGAUGAAACGUAACAAAUUAGUCAUAAUGUAAAUCAAUCUGAGUUUCUCUAAAUCUUUCUGCCUUGAUGACUCAAAGUGACAGGCCUUAGCUGAUAAAUAGUCCUUUUUGAUAUCAAGGCGGACAAAAAGUGUUGUUAAUUUAAUUCCAGCAGCAAAUCCCGAGCACGCUUUGAUAUACGAUGUCUCACUCAAAGAGCGACUCGCUUUGAAAGGGGGAAAAAUACUACAAGCUACAGGAAGCAUUGAAUCUCUUUUACUAUAUAAUUUGACAGAGACUUCAAUCAGGAGCUGUAUUCUGAGAUUUAAUGAAGCUGAAUGAGACAAACUGCCUCCCAGCAGAGACUCAUUGAUCUCUUUACAUCUCUGCUUCCUCUCCGCUUCCUCUCUGCUCGAUCAGAUCCUGUACAGCUUGGUUUCCUUUAUUCAAUUAGGAAGUUUUACAUUUGAGUUGAUUGUAAAAAGUCACCUAGGGGGUAAAAUGCUCAGAAUGUUGUGAGGUUGGAAAGCUAAGCUGCUGCUCUUUUUUCAUUCAUAGAUACCAUGGACCAAGUUGAAGACCCACCCCAUCUCUUUGGUAAGUUUUACCCUCCUGUUGCCCACAUUAUGCAUAAGAUGGCCAUUUGUCCUUAAAAAAAACCAUGCUAGCCUCUUGUGUUUUGUGCUCAUGGAGUGUCAGUCCCUGAGGUGCUUGUUGAAGUAUUCAUUAUUAUAUGAUACCGUUUUAUAUAGGGCUGAGCGAUAAACCAAAAAUUUACCAAUAUCAAAAUUUAUGACAAUAACCAACGUCAUUUUGCCCAUAAUGGUAUAUUUGGUGUGGAGUAGUUACAGUCAAUUUAUCGUUAUCGAGGUGAACUUCUCAAUAUAUUGUGAUAUUGAUUUGGGGCCAUAUCGCCCAGCCCUAGUUUUAUAGCAACUUUAGUGCACAAGUUUUUAUCAGUCUGUUACUUUAGUCAGUGGGGUCCCUAUUAGAGCCAGCUUUGUAGACCCACACAGCAGACACACACAGGAGACUCCACCAUCCGGUCCAGUUCAAGUAUAGAAGAUGACUCGCUGUCAGACAAGUCACUUACAUCAGAGUCACACUGAACUGUUUAAUUUACACAAAGUACCAAUUAUCAGGAAUUUCUGAUAUCGUCUUUCAGCAUUUAGAGUGAAAAGUAUAAAAAAUUGAGAUUUUGAAAUACUGUGCAUUAGGGGUGUCCCAAUACAACUUUUUGACUUCUGAUACAGUACUGAUAUUGUAGCCUUCAAUAUUAACCAAUACCAAUAUUGAUCCGAUAUUGGCACAAAAUUGUACAUGACAAGUUUUUCACUCAGCUGUAAUGUCUUUUUUGGACUUAAACAAAAAAUACUGCCACAAGGCCGACAUCACACUUACUCCUUGCUAGUUUGUGAGUACCUUAGUACAUACAGUUAUUGUUAUCAUGGCGCUGCAAGAAAGAGGUGCUGGAACAGAGUCUGGAAUGGACUGCUUGUAUCGGUGUGCUGAUAUCAGAGAUUUUAGAUGCAGGCUGAUAUAAUCUGACAUUCGUUUUUUUGCUGAUAUGGGACCAAUAUCUGAUAUCAAUAUUGUAUUGGGAUACCCCUUCUGUGCUACACCAAUCUCAGUCAUUUCACCCCUCUUGGUUAAGUCUUGUGGAGGACUAAAUGUUGCUGUCAGUGUCGAAGAAGAUUUCUUGAUGUGGCAUUUGUGAGCGUCUUCUCCUCCUUGUUCAUCUCCUUUUAUCCCUCCACCUGGCUCUUGUAGGACAGCUGUUAAGCUCUGUCUGCAGCCGCUGUUUUAUUUUACUCCAGGAAAACUAGGUUUGCACUGCUAAGGCAUCAUUCAUAUCUGUGUCAUGGCUGCAGGCUUCUCCCUCCUGCCUGCCGCUUUGCCGAGCAGGGCGCAGGUGUUAGGUUAACUGACUGCCAGGCUGGUCCCACUCCCCAGGUGGCUUUUAUUCCCAGUUCAGAAGCCACCUGACACCUGAAACGACCAGAUGAACGCACACACUCCAUUUUCACAGCAUGUGGUGUGUGAUUGACAGUCCCCAUAAACAUAGAAAUAGAUCUCUAACACCUUGAGUGUCAGCACAUUUGUCACAAUGAAUCUAUCAUACAUCAAAAAACAAGACGUCUAUAAAACAUUUGUCACAACUAUAGAGAGAUGGAAAUACAGAAGGAGUUUAUUUGAAUGCAGCACUCGUCUCAACAUCGCAUCAACAUUAUCAAGUCUUCAAAUUCUCUUACGACGAGUGAGACAACAGCGAGUUUUACACAUAACACUAUUAUUAUUUCUUGCUUGAAAAACUGCGAGUGAGAAUGUAAAUAUUGUUGGUGGUUUUCACAACUCCAUGGUGAAAAAGAAAACAGUCUCACUUUUAUCUUUUAACCACAAACUCUCUAGCCUGAGUGCAAAGUAGAUGACAUAAAUUUAUAGAAAUUAGAUUGAUUAUCAAAAGCAGUCUGACACCACCCUAUAAAACAUUCAUGAGAAAAACAGUCCGACACAUUUAAACAUGUCGACAAAAUAACCGCACAAGCUCGGAAGAUCAAUUUCUGAUGAUAUUUGUUGUCAUUCCUGACAUUAAGCCUUUGAUUGGAUUGCAGACCCUGGAUAAGGUGGUGAUGGAGAUGAGUACCUGUGAUGAGCCUCGUCCCCCUAAUGGCCCGUCUCCCAUAGCAACAGCAUCAGGACAAAGGUAAGAACUGAAGCAGAAUGUGUCCUGUUUGAUUUUCAGCAUCUGGCUGAUAAGCCUUUCAGUACUGAGAUUGAAAUAAAUUGGUUGACACAUGUUUGAUAGUACAUGAACAAAGUCUAAUUUUAAUGAAAAGUUUAAUUCUCUAAAAGAUAAGAAACCACCUGUCCCAAAAGCAAUCACAGUGUGGCUCUUUUAUGCCACCGUAUUAGUAGAUUUCUUAGUAACAAGUGAAGACUGUAAGUAAAAGUCAAAGUUUUUAUUAUUAUUAUUAUUAUUAUUAUUAAAUUUUUAUUAUUAUUAUUAUUUUUUUAUUAUUAUUAUUUUUUCCCCUUAUUUUUCUUUUUUCUUUUGUGAAAAAAGUCAUUGAAUUGUAUUCUAUACACUGAUUGUAUUCUACCCUUGUUUGAAAUAAAAAGAAAAUAUUUGAUCACAAAAAAAAAAAAUGAAGACUGUUGCAUACUGAAUUUAAAGUACAUUACCACAUUAUUAACUUAAAACCUGAAAACUUGAAAAAACCUCGGCUCCAAACAUGUCAGAGAGGUCUCAUACUGCACUCACCCUGUUGCUAAGCACGUCUUAUCUCGAUUUUUUCUUUCUUUUUUUUAAUACGUGUGUCCACCUGUCUGUCUGGUGCAGUGAGUACGGCUUUGCAGAGAAGGUGGUCGAGGGAAUAUCACUGUCCAUCAACUCCAUCGUCAUCAGGAUCAGCGCCAAGGCCUUCAACGCCUCCUUUGAGCUCUCGCAGCUGCAGGUCUACAGCGUCAACACCAGCUGGAGCAUCAGCGACCUGCGAUUCACCCGCAUCCAGGACCCCCAGAGAGGAGAGGUCGGUGUUUAAAUCAGAUUGGCAUGUAAGCGUGAUGUCACUUAAAGGUUAUGUCAUUGUAACACGACGCCUGUUCGGCCCAGAUUCUGACAUUUAAGGAGAUCAGCUGGCAGAUGAUCCGCAUUGAGGCUGACGCCAUCCAGAGUGCAGAGCAUGAGAUGCUGAGUGCCCCAAUCCGCCUCAUCACUAACCAGUCCAAGAUCCGAGUCACCCUGAAGAGACGGGUCAGCACCAAACACACACACACAUGCGGAGACACACGUUCUAUUGAAUAAAAUCAGUCACACUAUGGAAUUUGAUGAAGCAGACUUAAAACCAAGGAUUGUCUUAGAAACAUCCUCUUGUCAGCGGUGAACAAUAAACCCUCUGUGCUGCCUUACAGGCCGCGGGGGCAGCAGAAGAAACUCAUCAAAUGGCUCGUCUGUGUUCAAGCGAAAGACAGUACCCUCGUCUGUUUUAGACUGUUUAUAACCCUGUUCCAAAAAAAGAUAGGAGACCGUGAAAAAUGUUGAUAAAAACAGAUUUCGAUGGUUUGUAAUCAGUUAAACACCAUUUUUAACUUCAAACUGCAUACAAAGAAAUAUAUCAAAUGUUAAAAGUGAAAUUUUUUGGGGGGUUCAAUGAAAGUUAUACUCAAAGAUAUGUUUGAUUCUUACAACACAUGACAUGAAAAGUUGAAUCAAAGUCAACAAAACACUAAAAAUGUUGUGUAAAUCUAAAAAAUGGGACAUAACAGCAAUGAAAGGUUGAAAAGGGCGAAGCGAAUAACCAACACUGGAUGGCCAUGACCCUCAGGGUGGCACUGCAUUAAAAUGGAAAUCACUACAUGGACUGAAAAUCACAUCCUAAUAUUGGAGACUGUGGGCAGAAUUUGUCGCUGCAUCCAUAGCAGCAGGUAGAAACAACUAUGAGUGUUGAAACCAUAUGUAAACAUGACCCAGAAACACAAAAGACAAAUCUGGACCCAAGCCUAAAUGUGACAGACUCUCCUGUGGUCAGAGGACCAAAAUUUGGCGUUCUCCCUUCUCUCCUGUAAAGAGAAGAAGGACCACUUUGUUUGUUAUCAGCCUACAGUUCAAAAACCAGCAUCCAGGAUGGUAUGGGGAUGAAUUAGUGCCCAAAAUCAUCCAGACCCCUAUUCAAGCUUCUUUGAAAUGUUUUAUUGGCAUCAAAUUAAAAAUGAGUGUAUAUUUUUGCUGAAAACAUUUCCAUAUCCUCUUAAAAAAGUGCUGUCCGUGCAAGUUUAUUUCAUACUCCAAAGGUGGAGAUACUGUUUGAUUUGACGUGUGUUUCAAUCAUUCGUUUUAAAGUCAGAAAAAGCCGUUAGCUCAGCUGCUCUAAACACAAAUAAGAGAAUUUCCCUAACAGUGUCGUGUUCCAUUAACAGGUGCUCUCAGGCUACCUCCGCCUGCAUAAUACAUGUUCAUACCUAACGGCUCUGUCUGACACAGAUUAAGGACUGCAACGUGGUGGCUUCCAAGCUGAUUCUGAUCCUGGAUGACCUGCUGUGGGUGCUGACCGACUCCCAGCUCAAAGCCAUGGUGCAGUACGCCAAGUCUUUAAGUGAGGCCAUGGAGAAGUCGGCGCAGCAGAGGAAGAGCAUGGCGACUGAAGACCAGGUGCAUACAUAACCAUCCUCAUUCGCAUUUAGCAAACAGUAUAAAUCUUCUUAACGUCUGUUUUGCUGCGUAUGAAUCUGGACUCCAUUCAGUUUUUCUGCCCACAUUUCCCCUCCCUUCUGUGCCCUCAUUUCACCCUCUAAAGGAUGCACUCUGUCAUGGUCUGAUAGUUUGUCCUUGUGUCCAUGGAAAUCAUGUCUGCCCCUCUCUGUGUCACUCUGCUUAUGCCAUAUGGCGUCUAUCUAUCUGCCACUACCAUCUUUACCUCUCUCUGCCGCCACCAAUUUCUGUCAGUCAAUGCUGAGAUUUGCUUUUCAAUCAUACAUACAUUUGAAGAGAGUACGACCAUUAAUUCCACACAAAAGUUAACAUCAAUUCCCCUUAAAUCUACGAUGGUCAAUGUUUAUGCUACUGUUUGAGCUCAUGCGCCAUCUGCUGGAAGGCUUUAGAAUUGCAGGAUCAAGCAUCAAAUACACACAAUCGUCUACAACUUUAACAACAAUUCACCUUCCCUCUUUCUCCUGUGCGUGUAUUUCUGUCGACCAGGUGUCGUCAGCGCCCCCCACAGCCCAGCAGGUGCGCACCCAGCAGGCGUCGACGGCAGCGGACCAGAGUGCAACAAUGGCCAAGCUGUUCAGCGCCUACGAUGUGUGUGAGACAUCCCACCACCUCCAGAUCACACACCUCGACCUGCACAUCUGCGACGACAUCCACGCCAAGGACAAAGGUGGAACAUGCGCACAUUUAUAUGAACUGAACAUGUCCUCUCAUGCAUGUAAAUCACGAGUUUUUCUCAGACAUGGUAAAAGCUGGCCUCUCUCUUUCCUCUUUCGCUCUUUCAAAACCUCAGUUGGAUGAAAACACUUCAUUUUUUAAAGAGAGAUCCUCAAGUUGACUGUUUUCCUGUCUUUCUUCUCUUCCUCUGCAGUGAUCAAUAAAAGGAUAACAGGUGGAGCCAUGCAGCUCUCCUUCAGCUCCAUCACUCUGGACUACUAUCCCUUCCACAGAGCAGGUGCGUAUUCUCGCUGUGAUCUCAGGGCUCCCCCUUGGCGUCUAGAAUUUUCUUCCAUGCAGACUUCCAGAAAAUAGAUAAUUCUGCAGGUGGCUCGAUAUGCUGACAAGAAGUGUGCUCCUUUUUAGGCAUGUUCAGGUGUUUUUGCCCUUUUCUAUAGUUGUAAACAUUGAAGUUAUUGCAAAGAGUAUUAUAACAGAGGUUGUAUCAUAAAACUGUAACAAGUUGAUGGAAUAAAGAGAUGGAAAAGAUGAUAAAAAUGCAAAAACAAAGAGUUAAAGUGCAUGAUUUAAAAUUGAAAGGGACCCUGUGGUGGCUGCAACAUUAACCUUCCUCCUGUGUUAGCUGUUACUAUGCACCCACCAUGUUAAGGGUUGGUUUUGACCUGUGUCUUGAAUCAGCUGUAAAUUACAUUAAAAACAGUUCUCUAUCAUCAAAUUUAGUUCUCAUCUCUAGGUUAACUUGUUAGGCUUCAUUAUUCAUGAAAAAUAUUGCUUAUAAUAUUUUUUGUUGUCUGGACAUGCCCGACAUCCUUUUUUGUGCAGGGAAAAACAUGGAAAAAUUAGAAUUUCCUAAAUUUUACAUGAUUGGAAGAGGAUCUGACUGUCAGUGUGGUGCCUGACAGUGCAUUUAUGAUUUCAGUUUUUAGCUCUAAUUAUUAGAUAUUGAUUAAACCGGGUCAACAGCGACCCUAACAUGACAUGUGCCAUAAUUUUAUGGAGCAUUUUAUAAUUUAGUCAAUUAAAUUUUUUUGUUUUUAUUUUGUUGAAAUAGAGGUUCCUGACAAAGUCAAAAAGUCAUGAUGCAAAAAAAUUUAUUUAAGUGGUUCUUUUAAGCAUUUAAAAACAAAACGGGUCGGUGCAGACCCUAACACAGGAAGAGGGUGAAGAAGUUAUACACCAAACAUGUCUUAAAGGUUUUCCUGUUUUUUUAGGUGACAGUUGUGCCCACUGGAUGCACUACAGCGAGGCCACAAAGACCAGAGAAGGCUGGGCACGAAAUCUUCUCGAUGAGUUCAAGUCCAACGUGGAAAUGUUAAAGACUGCAGUUCGAGACCAGCAAGGCCCGGCCCCUGCAAACAGUUCCCCACAACACAGUAAGCAAUCCCACACAGGUGUUUAAUGCAAGGUUAGAGUGAGGUGUGACUGAAUUCAUUUUAGUUGUUGUUCAACCUCCUGGCCCCCCUCCACACACAGCACAUCAUCCCUGUGGGUUUUCUGUCCUUCAGUGUCCCUUAGGGACGAUGUGUAUGGGCCUCUAGGAAGUCAGGAGAGGUCAGGAGGAGAAGGAGUAGGGCUUAGGGAGGCAGAGGGAGGACCUCUAGAGUGGAGCUCACACACGCAGCCUCCAGCCCAGUGCUGCUGGUGCCUAGAGCCAGGUACCAUGGUGUGUGUGCGCACAGCUGGGUGCGGUGAUACACACCUUUUAUGCAAGGCAGAGAGGUUUUAACUCACAGAACUGAACAGUCCCUCUGUUUAUCCCUCUUCUUUUUUUUCAAUCUGUUUCAUUUUAUCUCCUUUUUUUCUAUAUCCCUCUUUUCCUUUCUAUCUUUCUCUUCAGGUAAGAUUAGCACCUCCUCCAGUGUCUCCUUCAGCCCUCCCCCCACUCAAAGCCCAAAGACCCAGCUCAUGUCCAGCUCGGUGGUUCUGAGGAUGGCCGACUUCAGCAUUUACCAGGUCACUCCAGACACACUUUGCCAUAAACACCAUCAGACUGACACUGUUAUGCAUUUUGUUUAUUUAAAGAGGUGUUCCACAAGGUUUAAUUCUGGGCCCCUUCACUUUUGCUAUUUACAUUAUUGACAUAAUUUCCAUUUCGAAUGAUUGUCAGAUGACACUGUUGUGUAUUGUAUUGCUGAUUCUGUACCAAAAAGCCAGUAAAACAAACCUCAUGUCUGCACAUUUAGACUUGAAUUAGCUGUAGAAUUGAUUCAUUUUAACAUUUACUCACUGCUUCCUCAUUAUUUCUGUGUUUCGCAGGUCUCCACAGCAGACCAGCGUCGCUCCAGCCCUAAAACCAUGAUCUCUUGCAAUAAGAAGUCUUUGUACCUUCCCCCAGAGAUGCCUGCCAUCCACGUGGAGUUCACAGAGUACUACUUCCCUGAUGGAAAAGACUACCCCAGUAAGACUUCUGUCACCUCCACUGAAAUUUGAGUAGGACUAGUAUCUCAUUUUGGAAACACUGAUCCUCAUUAGUAGGUCAUAAGCUGUGUAAGCAGCUGUGUCUGCGCACCAGACACUGUGUUUCAGAAACUUAUUAUACCUCUCCUCGCUUUUGGAUCCAUGCGGCUGAUUAAUUCAGCUGUGAGGGACUCAUUUACUGUUGUGCGGCUGAGAGGUCAUUGAUUUUCUGGAUUAUGCUCUGUGCUCAGAAUGAGGAAUCACCUAAUUAAUUCCUGCUAUCGGUCUCUCACCACUAGGACACAUUUUUCAUACAGAAGUCUUCUGAGCAAGAAGAAAAAAAAUGCUUCUUUCAUAUAUUUAUGCGAAAUAUCCUUGAUGUCUAACUUCAUCUGCUCUUUCCCUCUCUCCAGUCCCUUGUCCUAACCUUUACGCCCAGCUGAACGCCCUGCAGCUGGUCCUGGACCCUCGCAGCCUGGUGUGGCUCAACCUUUUUGCCCUUGACCUCAGGCAGAGUCUGGAGCAGUUCAUGGAAAUUUACAAGCUCAGCGACUCGCAGAAACCAGACGAGCAUGUUGAUAUUAAGGUUGAUGGCCUCAUGCUUAAGGUAAAGAGGGUGGAGGAAAGUUGACUCAUGAGCAACGGUCUGAAUUUGUUCAGUAGUGUAGUUUUUAUAGGAACCUAACUGCUCUAAAUAAUUAUAAAACGGACUAGUUGAGAGUUUGUCAUUGAAAUAUAUGUUUUUUAGGGGUUUUUACCAACAUAUAACAUUGAAACUUUGAAACUGGCCAAACUGGUUUAGAGGUGUUUUAUGAAUUUUUCCCCUCACUGGUAUUCGCAACUUGAACACCUCAGGCUCAAAUUCUCUCUGCUUCAGCAACACAGCUUUCAUUCUUGACAUUUGCUGUUCCUUUUUUUUAUUGCUGUUAACUUUGACAGCUCCGAAUCAAACUGCAGUAUGUCCUCGUUUGAUGAUAUGUUGGAGGGCAAAAUUUAUGAGGAUGUUUCACAGAUUGGAUCAGCUCCAAAUCAUCAAAAAUGAUGAUGCCGUUAAGAGAGCAAGCAGCUGAAAGUCUGUCGCCACGGGCACAUUUUGGGACUGUUAUAAAAGUGCGGUACAGUCUUUUCAUUCUUGCACUAGCAGGCAAGGUCAAGUCAGUCAUAACAUGUUCAUAACUCUGUAAACCACAUUAGUAAUCCGGGAACUGUGUCUCUCCAGAUGGGGGUUCAGGCGCUGUUGAAAAGAAGAAUGUGUUUUAAGUAUUUUUGUUUCUACUUCUAGCUUGUGAUUCCUACCGAUCGAGACGCCUCAUCCCCUGCUGACCUCCCUCGCUCCAUCUCAGUGCAGACCUCAGAAAUGGUCGCCACAAACACCCGACAUCCAGCUAACUGCACCCGCUCCCACCUGGAAGCCCUGCUACAGGCCUUCGAGGAGGAACCCUUCUUCUCACCGUCUUAUACUUCGUUCCCUCGCUCCUCCUCCUCCUUACCCCUCCUGCAUCCCGUCUUCCAGCGCCACGCACACGAACAAGACACCAAGCUCCAUGACAUCUACCGCGGCUUGAUAGUGCCGACGAUGGGCACAGACGCCCUUAAGAUGCCGGCCGCUACGGACUUUUGGGCGAUGCACUUCGCCCAGUUCUGGGUGGACUAUGAAGGCACCCGUGGAGGCAAGGGGCGGCCACAGCCCUUUGUGGACUCCUUCCCUCUUACCGUGUGGGCUUGUCAGCCCAAAAAGAUAGUCCAGCUCCAAGAGAGGCUCAGAGGUGCAGCCGGAUCUGGUCUGGCCAGAAGCACCUCUGGAGAAGCUGUGUCACGUCUGCAGAGAAAACGUUUACUGAAGGAGUAUUACAGCACUGAUGGUGCGACGACGUCAACUCACAGCAACAACACGACACAGCCCGCUAGCAAUGGACUCCAUAAACCGCACUCAUUGGACAGUCUGCCUUCCUCCUCCUCCUCUUUAUCAUCAUCGAGUAAAAGUGCAGAUGUGCAAAUUUUGGUGCACGUGCAGAAGCAUUUAAGUGCUCAGGUACAGUUGAAUAACUCUUAAAGGGAUAUUCCAGUGUAAAAUUAAUUUAGGGUCAAAUACACCGUAACACCGAGUUAGACACUCCCUCGAGAGAUGAAUGUUGCCGACCGCUUGCUUCUCUAGUUAUACCAACUUUAGUAACGACCUCAGGAUACCAAUACACAGUGGUCUGAGGAGCCAUAAACAAACCUCAACCAAAACGCCACUCUAUAGCCACAAAUAAUGCUCAGAACAGCACCUAACUUCAUAAACAGUAUAUAUAGGGUCCCAGUCAUAGUACUAGCCACCAAACAUCUUUUUAACUUUGCCUAAUUUCUUUAGUAAAGAGACUAAACACAACUCACCCACUCUCCUCCAGCAGCUGCUUGUUUGUACGGAGACUUCGGGUCAGUCCAUUACAGACUGCAGCGGGGUGACGCAGCUCAAGGAAGAAAAUUUAUGAUCAUUUCUUCAUGAAAAUGCAAUCAGACCGAGACGUUAAGGCUGACGUGUCUGCAGUGCAAAAUGAUUAAUAUGGUGAUUAUUACUUAUAGGAAAUGAUAAAGUAAUGAUCAUAAAUGUUCUUCCUUGAGCUGUGUCACCCCACAGCAGUCCGUAAUGGACUCGCCCAAGUCCCGCUCCAACAAGUGGCCGCUGGAAGAGAGUAGGUGAGUUGUGUUGAGUCUCUUUGCUAAAGAAAUUAUGCAAAGUUAAAAAGAUGUUUGGUGGCUAGUGCUUUGGCUACGACCCUAUAUGUACUGUUGAUAAAGUUAGGUGCUGUUCUGAGCAUUAUUUGUGGCUAUAGAGUGGCGCUUCGGUUGAGGUUUGUUUAUGGCUCCUCAGACUGCUGUGUAUUGCUAUCGUGUGGUCGUUACUGAAGUUGGUAUAACUAGAGAAGCAAGCGGUCAGCAACAUUCAUCUCUUGAAGGGGUGUCGGUGUUACGAAGUGUUUGACCCUUAAUUAAUUUUACGCCGGAAUAUCCCUUUAAAUCUUCGAAUACAUUUUAGCUAACUGUAGACAAAAGUAAAAACCUAAUGAUUAAAAGAUUGGUAACAGUUUGCUCAUUUACAGGAGCAAUACAGCACUUUCAUGUUUUUGUGUAUGUGUUUGUUUGUGUCCAGGUGAGCCACCGGCAAUAUGUGUUCCUGAUGCAGCUCCAGCGCAGCAUCAAAGCCCUGCAGCAGACCCUACAGCAGGAUCUAGAGGAGAUGGGCUCCAAGAAGGACCGUAAAGAUCCCUCUCAGCGUCCUGCAGACCACCAGCCCUUCACUGUCUGUCUGGGCCUCCUGCUGAAAAGUGCUGAGGUGUCUCUACUCUUGAAGCCUGUAUCUCAGCCCGAGGGUUCGGGGUCUCCUCUCGGCUCUGAGCUGUCCCCUUCAGAGAGUCGGGGCACUCUAGAGGCAGGGGGCGAAGUAAGUGAGGCGGCAGAGAAGACAGAGAAAGGGAGUGAAGGAGCUGGAUCGGGGUGUGAAGGCGGAGCAGCCAAAGGUGUGUGCAACACCGUGGACCAGCUGCUAUGUGGUGAAGGCUCAGAGGGUCCCGCUCCACUCAUGCCCACAUCCACAACAGCUACACGUCUUGAGUUAAAUCACAGAGGUUCACUGGACGAUAGGACUACUGCUAAGAACUCUGGGAGGUGGAGUUCAGAGGAAGGGGGGGAUACGGUCGUUGACGGGUUGACAGGGGGUGAGGAAGUAGGGGCUGGAUUAGACUCUAAAACCCAGACGAAUGACCCUCUGCUGGACCCGCUCAGCAGCAAAGACUGGGCCGACAAAGACGCAGCUGCAUCUGCCAAGAUGCCUCAGUCAAUAUCCAGGUAUUCUAUUGGUUAUUACUACAGUGUCAUUACUACUAAGGUGCCAAAUGACUGGACAGAAUCAUUAUAUUAUUAUUGUUUGAGUCCCAAAGAAGUGGACUAAAAACUUUAUCCAGAUGCCAUUAUUUGACCUAAACAAAACCAUCAAAUAAAGACUGAUUGUUUAAGAUUAGUUUUUUACCCAGCACCAAGCAAGCAAGGGCAGGUAACAGAGACGUGCCAAAACAGCUUUACACACAAAACAGGAAGAAUCAUAAACAUAGUUCAUUCAUAUACAGUACCCAGCAUAAGUCAGUACACACCCCCUAUUAAAAGUAAUGUAUUACUCCAUAUGUAGAUGAGCAAAAGUGAAUAUUCAAAGUUGUGACAAAGCUGAGUUUAAUAUAACAUUUUAUUUACUAUAAGAUGAAAAUAAGGGUGAUGUGGUAACUAAAAUUGAGCUUUGCUCCCAGAACUUUGAUUAGGGUGUAACUCGUUUUUGCAUCUUGAUUUUAAAUUCAAAAAAAUACUUUUUUGUAUUCAACUUAAAAAAUCUUGUUUGCAAUCAAUUGCCUACACUUGGGGGAGUAUUUUUUUGUAUAGUCUGACAUAGAAAAUGUGGAUUUUGAAAGGAAACUAAAGGUUUUCUGACAACUCAUUUAUGCUGAGCAUUGUACUUACUAGCUCUGCAGGGAUCGAAUGUCUAGUAGUGCCUGCAGAGGGCGCCGAAGUCAAAUAUUAAAUCCUCUCCCCUAUGAAGCUGCUUUCUAAAACAAAACAUUUAUUUUGAAUGUUUUUUUUUUUUUUAUACUCAUUCAGUAAUUGCACUAGGGAUGGGCGAUAUUGGCUAAAAAAUUUAUCACGUUAAGAUUUGCCAUUCUGGUGACAACAAUAAAAGUAGACUGUAAUACCAAUCUAUAUUUUUGACUCAUUUUGUCUUGAGAACACCAGUUGUAGUAGUCAAAUAAGAUACUUCACCAAAAGUUUAAGUGGUAGGUUAUGGAGAAAACUAAUGACGAGCUGCUCAGAAACAUCUUCAUCAUUACCUUCGGCCAUGUUUGUUUGAUAUUCUGCUCUGUGGGCGACAGCUGCAAGUCGACUUACGUCAUCAACUUGCAUUUAUUGUAUUUAUCAUGAGAUGGCAAAUAUUUAUGAUGGAGGAUUUUUCUAACAAUAUAUCGUGAACGAUAAUUUAUCGCCCAUCCAGUGUUGUGUUCGUGGACAAUGAAAUAUUUCGUCAACGUAAUCAUCAACGAAAACAACACUGCGCCCAUCCCUUCUGUGCACUAAUGAAAUAAUAGUUUGAUUUCAACCCUAAUCAUCUAAUUAGAUUGAGAAGUUGUGGCCCUUUAAAUGCCACAUAUCAAGAAUGCAUACCUCCGUUUUUUCUUGCCUCCAUGAAGCUAAUGAAUGAGUCUCUCUUUCUCUGAUUGAAUUUGUCUCCUGAACACAAGAGCUGUGUGUCCACAUCCUUCAUGUGUUUGUCUGUGUUCAUGUUCAGUCAUCACCUGUUUUAACACGUGUGUGUCUCUGACAUCUCAGCCCUCAGCUGCCACUUCUUUGUUUCCUGCGUCCUCAUCUUUUUCCCUGUGGGCGCCACAUUUCCUCGUCACCUCUUAACUUUUCCUUUUCUGCCUCCUGACCUCAGCUUUGACCCGUUGAUGUGAGGGGAAUGUGUGUGUGUGUGUGUGUGUUUUCUCUCUACCAAGGAAAGGAAGUUUGUCUGUGGUUUCUGAUCUCCUCAGCUGCUCAAACUCCAGCAGAUCCACCUCCCUUUAUUCCAUGUCCAACAUGUAAGGCACUGGAUCUGUGUCUCGCUGUAUUACUGAGUGUGUGGGUCCUUUAUUCUCAGUGUGUAUGUGAGAACCCCCUGUUGGCAUGAUUCCGCAUGUGUGCAUGCCUCUCUUGUCCCUGUCUGUCUUAUAUCUGUGUGAGUGUGUCCCGUGUUUGGCGUCCACCUGUUGUCUCACGGUUGAUCUAAAGAUGAGAAGCUCUUUAUUUGUGAUAGUUCUUCCUUUAUCAGCCUUGUGUUCUCCGUCUGUUUUUGGAGCCGCUUUGAUUUUGUCUGUUGUGAUUUUUCGUGAGAUCGUUUCUGGCGCUUUGGAGGGUUAGCACACUUGGAUCUUACGUGACCUUAGACAACAUCACACAAAGAAACAAAGCUAUAUUUAAUUCAUGAGAUGUUGAGUUAGCGCUGUCAGCUCUCUGGGAGUGCAGCAACCUCGACGUAAGAACAAAACUCAUAUUAGAUCAGACAAUACAAAUUAAAGGCAUUUCCUCCUCUCCUAAGUCAGUGUAAUAAAUAAAGGGCAUGCAUGAAAAGUGUCGUCUAGGCUGAUUUUAAACUGUAUAAUCUGAAAAUGAUCUGAUCAGACUGUUGUUUUUUUAUGUCACACCAUCUUUAUGUUUGUUGUAGUGGUCGCCUGAUGCGAGACCGCUCCCAGUCCAGCUUCUCCGUGUCCUACAAGAACAUGAAGAAGAGCCCAUCCCUGCAGUCUCUGGAUAACAUCUCUAUAGACAGCUACCUGAUGGAGGACGGAGACACGUACAGCCUGCUGGAGAGAGGCGAAGGUGAAAGUCACAUCUCAAAAAUACAACAGAUUCUGACAAGGAUAAGAACUACUGAAGAAAUAUUUUAAACUCUGAUUAUCUUCUCAGAAUGAUGAGAUUUAUUUCAGAUUUCUGAGGGAAAAAAGUCAGAAAUUUGACUUUUUUUUUAAUGAAGAAAAUUCUGAAACCAAAAUCAGCAGUUGUCAUUCUUCAGACUUAAACUCAGACUCAAAGUCAAAGUUAUGACUUUCAGCUGGGAAUUCAUUUUUCCCCUCAGAAAUCUGAUUUUAACCGAACAAGAAUAAUGUCUCAAUUGUAUAAUGACAGCACUACAAAGAGGAAUAAAUGUGUGUCCUCCAGUGAUUUUUAACAGCUGUCGCAGAGACAUACAUUGGCAAAUAAGGCCUCAGCUUCUCACACAAUUGAUUCAGAAUUCUGAUACUUGUGUUGAUGUGGGACUGAUGUGCUAAAAGUUCUGGUAUUUAGUUAUUAAUGCGCCUUACAUUUAUGAAAAUAUGACUUUACAAGAUCUCCCCACUUUUAGUUUAGGCGUCUCGCUGCUCUUCUGAUCUUUAUUCUCACAAAAUUUACAACUAUAUUAUUUGAGAUUUACAAGCUCAAUCUGAAGAUGUCUGUUUUUUAAAUAAAGGUGACCCUAAAAAUAUGUUAUAUAACAUUGAAAAGGACUGAUGAGACACUUAUAGGGUUAAAGGAGAAGCUCUUUUGCUUUCUGCAGUACUGUAUACAAAGCCAUAUCUAAGUCUUUUAAACAUAUUGACCAGAAGGUGGCAGUAUUGCAUUGAUUUGUCUUGAAUGUACAGAGGCACUCAGAAGGUGUCUUUACCCCGCUCUGUAAAUGAUUUGCAGAGUUAAACGCCCAUAUUGAUCAUAAAAAAACAUAAUUAUAUUUUAUGUGUGAUGCAGAUGACGUGUCCAUCUCAGGCUUCAAGGACGCCAUCAGCGAGCAAAGCGUCACUGAGAACACAACCGAGGUCGUGAUUGGGCCUGAGCAGGAGGGAGGCGUGUCCCCUGACACUGUUAGCGCCACGUCCCAGAGCAUCGAUGAUCCCACCAAAGACAUAGUAAGACAGAAAGUGAAAAGUUUGGGAAUAAAACAUGAAAAGGAGUAAAGAUAUACGGUUAAAAGUCAGCAAGUUUUAAAGUUGAUGUUGCCUGUCCUGAUUUUCUCGAUUCCUCUCCUCCAGGUGUCAGUGUUGGUGCUGAAGGUUCAGUCGGUGUGCGUGGCCAUGGAGGCGGAGGGUGAGAGCACGGCUGUGGCUCUGGAGGUGGGAAAGGUCACACCGAGCCAGCUGGGCAACGUCAGCCUGAGGCAGUACCUCAGCAACCGCAGCCUUGGUAAGAACCAGUCUGAGAACACUCCUAAAUUUAUUUUACCUUUUUUUAUUUUACUGCAUGACUUCUUGAUAUAAUCUCAUGUAUGGUGCAAGUGCUGUGCAGAGUGUUUAACAACAUUCACAUUCACACACUGAUCAAAAACUAACAAACAAGAUCGAAAGGUGUAAAAUGAGUCACAUCAAAGGAAAAGUCAAACCAGUUUGGUCAAAAUGGAAAAGUUCCUUAUUAUUGUCAACAUUAUUCUACUGCAUGAUUUCUCAGUAUUUAGCAAACUGUAAAUUGGCCAAACAUGAGAUUACAGAACAGGCUGCUCCUAUUUAAAACUGUGAGUUGGUUGAUUACAUAAAACAGAUCCACCAAAAUAGACUUAAGUAGGCAGCAGUCUUUUUCUUUUGUUCCAACUAAUGCUGGAGGAUGAAGUGAAGGGGUAUCUCUUAUUAUUUAAAGCACACAAGUAGGGCAGCAAAAAAAAGGACAGCUAGGGAAUAAAUGUCUGAGUGUGUUUGUAGAUUUAGCCAAAAUCUGGACACAUGAAAAGCUUUCCUCCUUUUGUGAGUCAGUUUUGAUGAUUUCUACCUUUUAAUAUUGAGCCUGUUUUGACAGAGGAGAGUGAGAGGGAAGCACAGGAUGGUUAAAGAGGAAGGACAUGUGGUAAAAGGUCUCAGAGCAGAUUUGGACCAUCAGGAUGCCCCAAAAGCGACUCCUGCUGUGCUUGUAUUUUAACACAAAACAGGAUAUUUUAACACUGAGAGGCGCAGGAAGCUUGAGGGCUAAAACAGGCGGCUUGUCAUUUCCAUGUACGGUCGGUGGUUGCUGGUUGGAAUGGAGAGUUACACGGUGGCACAGAAACUGCACAUUGUUGACUUUUCUGAAAGCUUUUGAAGUCACUAGACCUUUUUCCUUUAGAGAACGUAUAAAAACUGUGUCUAAUAUACCGGUGCAAUUUAUAUUCUGGAUUUAAGACAGAGUAUUAACUAACUUCAUCAACAGUACAUAUAGGGUCCCAGCCACAGCAUUAGCCACCAAACAUCUUUUUAACUUUGCCUAAUUUCUUCAGCAAAGAGACUAAACACAACUCACUGUCUCUCUUCCAGCAGCUGCUUGUUUGCAAGGAGACCUCCAGGCCGAUCCAUCUAAUGCUGCGGGGUGAAGCAGCUCAAGGAACAACAUUUAUGAUCAUUUCUUCAUCAUUUCCUUGAAGUAAUAAUCACCAUAUUACUCAUUUUGCACUGCAGACACGGUAGUUCUUCUGCCUUAGCGUCUCGGUCUGAUUGCAUUUCCAUGAAGAAAUGAUCAUAAAUGUUCUUCCUUGAGCUGCGGCACCCCGCUGCAGUCCGUAAUGGACUGGCCCAAGGUCUCGCUACAGACAAGCAGCUGCUGGAAGAGAGUGGGUGAGUUGUGUUUAGUCCCUUUGCUGAAGAAAUUAGAUAAAGUUAUAAAGAUGUUUGGUGGCUAGUGCUGUGGCUAGGACCCUAUAUGUACUGUUGAUGAAGUUAGGUGCUGUUCUGAGCAUUAUUUGUGGCUAUAGAGUGGCGUUUUGGUUGAGGUUUGUUUAUGGCUCCUCAGACUGCUGUGUAUUGCUAUCGUGCGGUCGUUACUAAAGUUGGUAUAACUAGAGAACGAAGGGGUUGGCAACAUUUUUCUCUCGACACGGCGUCUAAUUCGGUGUUACUGUGUGUUUGACCCUAACUCAAUUUUACGUUGGAAUAUCCCUUUAAGGUAUCACAAGAGGCUGUAGGUUUUUGCACUGAGUGAAUGAUCUGACAAAAACCUUCAGAUCAGUCCAUCAUGAAGACAGAAGCUAGUUUCAGAUCUAACCCCACACUUCCAUUUCAAACACUCACUUUUACACACAAACACGCAAACACACAACCCCCCCGCCUUUUAUUUACCCUGCGUAACUCCCCCACAGGUAUGGUGUGUUCAGUACCAAUACCUGCUCAAAGCAGCCAAGGUAACUGCUGUGUGUUCACUCGCCAUCUGUAACCUAACAUGCAUGCUUGCCUCAGAGUGUCUCUUUCCAACUCUGUGUAUGUACGUGUGUGUGAGUAUUUACACAGAUUGCAAGUGUCUGUACGUGGGUUCCUCUCCUCCAGUUUAUCUCCCGUCAAAUCUUAUUUUCAGGAUGUUUUUUGCUCGCUGGCAUGCUCUACAGACACUCGUAGAUGAUAUCCAGCAAGUGAAAGCAUGAAGUGUGUGUGUGUGUAUCUGACUGCUCAUUUUUCAACAGAAGAGGGGUUGUGUCUUUUCCUCCAGUGUGUGUAAAAGAGAAAGAGAGAGAGGUUAAAUUUGACAGUAAUGGAGUGAGUGCUCCCAUUAUUUGCAACAUUAGGCCCACAACUUUAAGUGUGUGUGUGUGUGUGUGUGUGUGUGUGUGUGUGUGUGUGUGUGUGUGUGUGAGCGAGAUUCAAAUUAACUCUAGCUAUUUGUGCAGACUGGUGUUAACCCCUGAUCUCCUCUUGCUCUGCUCUGCCUAAUUUACCCUCCCUCUCCCUUUCUCUCUCCCUCCUCUGUCUUUUCUCCCCCACCUCCCCAUCUCUCCACUGCAGCACACUUUGCAGUCUCACUCCACUGAUUCAGGCAAUGAGAGAAACGCCAGCUUUACCCCUCGCUACCUCUCCUAUCUCACAAGAGCAAUCCCUCCUCCUCCUCCUCCUCUCUUUUCUUCUUCCACCUUUCCUCCUCACUCUUCCCUCCAGCUCCCACUCCAUCUUCCUACUAAUCCUCUGUCAUUUAACCUUCCUCCUCCUCCUCCACCUUCUCCUCCCUUCAUCUCCCUCCCUCCCUCUGUAGGCCAUCUUCCCUCCCUGUCUUAUCACAGCCACUCAGUCCUCAGCUGCUGGCUGCCUCCCUCCUCCUCCUCCUCCUCCUCCUUCUUCUCGUCCCGCUCCUCUUCCUCCUCUCUUUCUGUCUUUUUCACCUCGACCCCAGCUGCCCAGGAUUCAGAGAGAACUUGUCGUUUCAUCUAUAAAGAAAGCCGUCAGAUUUGCGUUCAGGCGAAUGUGUGUUGGGAUCUUUUUGCUGCUCCUGUAAUUUCUCUCUGGCAUUAACCCUUCUUGACCCCUCUCCCCAUAUUUAAAGGGAUAUGUUGCAUUUCUGACUGCCAUAAUGGAAAUAUUUGUUACCUUUAAGUGCUCAUUUUCAUGCCUUGCAACUCAUAUUUGCCUUUUCAAUGUUGUUGUGUGCCUGUUCAAUUUGUGUGUGACCUCUUAACCUCUCCAUUUGUGUCUUCUCCCUUUUUCUCCUCCACUUUUUUUUACCUUUCUUAUAUUUUUCCUGACAAAAAAAAAGGCCUGACAUUUUCUAACGUCGGGAGUCAAAUUCAGGUCGUUCAGGAAUGAAAAACUGAAUUCUAGGACACUUCAGGAUCUCCCGUUUUCAGCAUCUCAAAGCUUCUUUUUAUCUCAUUCUUAAAAGAACAAGGAAAAAAAAAAAGGUUCAGUGGUUAAAACUUCGCUUUGAAUUCUCAAUGCUUAGGUGGGAGUUUCCUCCGAACCCUCUAAUCCCCGGUCCUUGAAAUAAUUAAACAUCGCUGCAGCGAGGAGCCCGUGGGAUCGUACAAAAUCCUGACGCUCCCUCAGCCCACCUCUUUCUUAAAUCCUUCCUGUUCCUCUUUUCUUUUCAAGCUCACUCCGCUUUUUUUUUUUCCUUUUGCGUCUAACUUCUUCUCCUCUUUCUAGUAUUGUGCUUUCUCUGACUUUGACGUCAUCCCAUUUCUUUCUCCUGGCUUUAACAUGCACCCUUUUGUUUGAACAGUGAGCAAAAUUUCAGGAAAAUCAUGCAUCUGUGUCAAAAACAAAGAAAACAUGUUGCAGUGUAACAGAAGUCAACACAUGUAAAGCCUCUAUAGAUACAAAAGAAAGUAUAUAAUCCACCUCUCAAGGUGCGCCACUCCUAUCAAACAUGAUUCAAUAUGGAGCUGUAGGGGGCUGCUGGCCUCCACCCACUCCUCCCCAGCUGUGAGAUCAUGAUGGUCACCAUGAGAUCGUGAGAAGCUGGAGGAGGUAGAUUAAAUGAAUUAGACAGGCAGGUUGGGACAUCAUAAAUCACAUUUAAGGCAGCACAUUUAUGUAAACGCUCUGAAGAGCAGAUUAGUCAUCAAAUUAUUAAGGUUAAGGAAAUAAAAAAGAGAGGAGGGGAUUCGAUUUUCAGUCACAUUAUAACAAUUUCAUGGGUUUUUCAAGCCGCCGUCGCAGCCUUUGUCGAGCAGAGUCAGUUAAAAUCAAAUUUAAACAUGAAUCAUCACAGGUUACUUCUGUUUUUAAGGGAUUUCUUCAGGGCAGUCUCUAAAUCUAAACAGAUCUUUUUUUUUGUAAAAUCCAAAAGCCUCUGGAUUUCUGUAGAGGAUUUGGCAGCAAGUCGCUUCAUUGUACGGUUCUAUUUCAAGAGGUGUUACACAAUAACCUGUUGUUUUAAAAGUGCGUCUGAACUAGGGCUGGGCGAUAAACCGAACUUCUACCGAUACCGACAAUUUUUCCCAUAUCAAUACAUUCUGUGUCAAAAACAUAAAUAAAUCAAAGUUGGUUUUGGAUGUAUGUAGGCAUGGUCUCAUGUCCCUUUAAGACGCUGUCCUAACUCAGGGAUGUGACUCCACCCCAUCCAGUCAGUAACAAAGAGGUAAAGACAAGCGAGGAGAUGGAGGACGGUUCAAAAGUUGUAGCUGCUGGAGCGGCAGCUGAAGUAGACGAAGUAAAUGUGGAAGGGGGUGAGCAGCUAGUGGAGUAGUUAUCGUCCAUUUAUCGUUAUCGAGGUGAACUGCUCAAUAUAUCAUGAUAUUGAUUUGAGGCCAUAUCGCCCAGCCCUAGUCUGAACCCAAAAUAGAAGAUAAGUACAGUAAGGAUGGAUGCAGGAUGAUCAAUGAGCACAGGCUUACAAAUAGAAAAUUUGCUGUAUGUGGGUAUUAGAAUAUGAUAUAUUCGGUGAGAAGGUGUUUACCAUGACAUGUCAAGCCUUAAAAUACUCAACACAUGCCCUGAAAUAAGCACCCUUUUGUCAUAAAAUGAGUAUUUUUUGUGAAUCAGGCAUCAGCUGUAAUACAAAAAAAAAUCAUUUGGGAUUAAGAAAAAGUUUAUUGGAAAUGUUGGAGCUGGUAUGUGUCUGUCUGUGUUUUUGUGCUUCUUCAACUUUCUGUAGUUACACACAAGAACUGUAGUAUUACACUGUUCCAGGGAACAACAUAGAAGUACAGAGAUGUAGUGAUGGCAAAGCUUUGUUGUGGCCCUGCCGUAGAACCUCAGUGAGAAUAAGGCGACACAGAGUAUUAAAAUAAAGAGUACACAGAGGACGCAUGAUGAUUGGACCUCAAAGUGCAUAAACUCUACCUCACACUGGGUGUAUUUUAAGGUCAGGUCUAAGUGUGGUUUUAGCUAAAUCAUGUCCACAUGCAGUCAAGAGUCAUGAUAUCUAAAGCUAAAGCUAAUGCUAACUGUUGCUGUCUUCUCCACCCCCACAGUUGGAGGUGAGCUCAACUCUGCGUCCUCCAGGAGCCUCCACAGUCCAGAGGUACGGGCUCGCCUGGAGAGCGGGCCCUGCGCCGCUGCUCACUCCCCGCUGGCUGAGCGCAACGGCUUCCUGCAACUGCGUCUCCACGGAUACCAGGCGAGCUUCUUGAUGUCCACGAUGCGUAACCUGGCCCACUUCCUGGAGGAUGACUCCGCACCGCAGGUGCUGCCCAUGGAGAUCAGCGUCAGAGACACACACAUCAACUUAAAGGUGAGAAUCCGGGAUGUUUGGGUGUGAAUUUAUCUGUGUGUAUUCAGAGUUUGGGUUUUAGCCCAGGGUUAUUGAAGCUGAUCUGUUUACUUGCAUGAUUCCAGCAGGAUAUUUGUCCUAGAUUUUUCCAAUUGUGUUGCAGUAAUAGAGCACAUAAGUCAAUGCCAAACAGUGCAGCAGCUCCUACGACCAAGUGGAAUAUUUUGAACCAUGGCCUAAUUGGAAUUUGGAUUUGAACUGAAUAUUUAAUGGCACAGAAAGGCUCUCCUGCCGUCUCUUGGGUCCUUCCCUCUGAGUAGAUUUGCUGUGCAACUGAUGUGGAAACCUGGAUGUGAAUAAUUUCUCUCUCUCUCUCUAUAACAAACAUUUAAAACUUUCUCUGUCAACAUCUGCAGGACGACGGCCCCCGCGAUAACCCGUCCGACUCUGAGCCUUCUCCGAUCACGCUGCAUGUGGACAGUCUCAUCAUCCACAGAAAAGACGACGGCUCUUUCUCCAUAGGAGGUGAAAAACAAACACACGUUCUCAUCUGCCAGAUCUCUCUGCCCCCACUUGAGCACUGAUUCACUGCUGUUAUAUAACACGUCCUUUUAAAUGCUUACACUCGGCACACCUACACCUCCAAAUAGACCUGCGCUGUCUCUUUUUCGUCCUCACAGUGGACACAGCGGUGGACAACAAACCCAGGAAAGACGUGGUUGACAGCACUCUGAGUCCUGUCCCUGAGGCUGUGGUCAGCAUCUGCGCCGUACCAAAGGCUACACAGACUCAAGCUCCGCCCAACAGCCCCCCUCCAUCCAGCAAAGAGAAGGUGAGACACUGUGAAAGCAUCUCGUGUGAGAAGUAUGGGAGCAGGAGCAGAAAAUGCUGCCUACAACAGCUGCUGACACACCGAGAGGUGAAGAAUUACAAGCAGCCACGCAUAUUUCCCUCGUGUCUUCACUGGUGUUGUCCUCCUACAAACAGUAAAUGCUGAACAAGGGAGACAUUUGUUUCUUUUUUUUUUUUUGCAGAUCUUUUUUGAAGUGGUGCCAGAUAGAUUUUUCCAAGCUAAUCCAGUUCUGUGUUUGGCUUCCAUUUUGUUUGCAGUGGGAGUAGUGGUUAUAAUUUUAUAUGAAAUGAAAGAGUCACAUUUAAGCCACAAGCAGUGCUGAGCGGGCUCUCGCACCCUGGAGAUAAUAUUGGUGUGUAGGUUUGUUCAAAGAAGAGGCUCACAUCCAAUAUGAAGUCUGAGGCAGUUUGGAUUCUGUAUUUUCAAAAUAAAGUAACUUCCUGUUUCAGUUUGAGUUUUGCACACGAACUUACGGACUUCUCAUCACUCUAGUAUUUUCUCACUGAAACCAAAUUUGAAUUGCAUCACAUGAACACCCUGGGACGAGGUAAUACAAGACAGACCCAUGAACAUGGCAAUAGGAAAAAAAAAAUGCUAACACCCUUAGACGACAGCUCAGUUUGUAAAUAACCUUUAAUGUGCAAUGUGAUUCAGAUAGAAUAAGAUAUCACAUUCAUCUUUAAGCCUGAUAAAAGUGCAACAGCAUGAAUUCUAUGGCAUCUUAAAGCCACCAAAUCUAUGAUUAAAUUUUAGAUUUUAUUAGAAAUGAAUUUUGGUUUUUUUUGCCUUUGUUUGGAGAGGACAGAGUAGAAAACAAGAACAGGGAUGGACAAGUGACAUGUAGGAAACAAGAAACUUACAGAGGCCAGCGGCGAAUAAAGAGGAAAGUCCUCAGGCUCUAAUGAGAGAUUUAGUGGUAGUAGACAUAGAGCUGUGUUUACCCUCUGAUAUUAACCACUGAGAAGAUGUUUUGUAUCAUCUUAAAAAAAGGACUUUGUUAAGGUGAAAAGACACUAAUGUUGAUGAGUGAAGCACAGAGUAGAUUAGUUAUCUGGUAGUUCUGCAUCUUGUUAAAUUUCAAAAAGACUCAGUCAUCGACUCAUAAACAUGAACUUUUAACUGUCUCUGCUAGAAAUGUAUCAACUAAUUGGCAUUGGUAAGUACUAUUAAACUGAUGUAUUUUGUUGAUGGCAAAAACAAAACAAAAAAAAAGUGAGAUUUUUGCAAUAUGCUGUAUAUUAGUGUUUCUUUCACUAUUGGCCAUUAAAAAACAGAUUUUAGUCAAACUCUGGAUAUGACAACCUACUAGUGGGAAAAAAAUAAACCUCUAAUUAAGAACGCCUUCAUUUUUAUUUGUUAGCGCUUGUCUAUCAGCAGCUAUCGUCUCAUGCCAGAAAUAUGGAAGUUACAUCAUUUUUUAAGGUUCGUCUAAUUUAGGGAAAAGUAGAAAAUGCAGUUCCGGGAUUGUCCAUCUAAAAUCUUUAAAUUCCCCAAGGAGCAAAAACUGAACCACUUAUUCUUACAGCAGAGUCAAAGAAAUGUCCUGUCUGGUAGAAAAGACAGUUCCAGUUGUCUUAGCUCGUUUUUUAAUCAUAAGAAAUCUUCGGAUGGGUGAGCUUUUAUUAGUAUUGACUUGUUUGGAUUGCAUUUUGAAAAAAUAAGAACACAAAUAGGAACUUGAGUCAGCAUUUUUAUUACUUUGGGCUUCCUAACACUUCUCCGGAAACCAACUGUUGGCAUCACCGUCACCACAUCCAUGUCCCAAACUGUUGAGAGUUUUUCCAGUUCUGAGUUGACAGAUGAAGUGUGCUUUUUGCCUCAGCCUUGUUCUUUGUCGUUUGUGUACAGAUGCUGAUGGAGGAAAACGAAUGUUUAAAACUGGAGCUGUCCCGAGCCAAGAUGGCGCUGGCUGAGGCUCAGAUGGAGAAAGACUCUCUGCUGCACCGCAUGAAGAACCUCAAAGUCAACACCAGCUAGACGCGGAUUUUCCUUCUCUCUGUCUCUUCACGUGAGCCAGCAAGUCCAUUCAUCAGCCCUCUACCGUCUGCGGGGUCGGGGGUCAGCGUAUUAAUCAAGGCAACAUUAACAAGCAAAGAUAAAAAAAAGGGGGGGCUUCUUUGUCUUAAAUGGCUCCUUUUGUGCGUUUAUUUGUCGACUGAGCCACUCUGAGACCUCAGAGUUCAAAAUAAUUUCUUCAUUAAGCAAUCAGGAGUCUACGUGAAGACUCCGAAACACAUUUUUACAGCUUCUUGUCUGUUUGACAUGCUCCACUUUGGACUGCGGGGGCUCAACAUAAAAAAGGGAGAGAUGACAUUUAGUGGGCCUAUGUGUGUGUGUGUGUGUGUGUGUGUUUGUGUGUACGCUUGAGAAAGAGACAGGAUCUACAUCCAUGGUUGUGCCUACAGAAAAACCCCUCCCACACUAUUCCUGUCGUAUGAGUAGAACCAGAGAGACAGCUUAGUUGUUCAUUCAAUCCUGUAGAUAUGAAGAAAUACUGAAUGUCGUAUCUUCGGAAGAAUGUCUUAAAAAAAACGACAUAUUUUGCACUGCACUGAAAUAAUUGUAAUUUCAGUGCUUUCAUAUUCAGAGGGGAGGAGAAAAAUCACGCUCUCCGUCUCCCUCAGAGUGUGUACAGUGUAUAUUGUUCGAGAAUGUGAACACAUGACUAUUUUCUUCAGAAACUUUGAAUGGUUCUGCAGUGUUUCCGUUGAAUGUGUGUGUUUGUCGCAGCCAGAACAAGCAUUUCAUUGAGUAUAGAAGACAAAUUUCUAUGUCCGUUUCACAGCUUUGUUUGCAAAAUGCCCAACAACGACGUCUGUAUCCCUCCGCCUAUUUUUCUAUGUGUAGAAAUUGACUUAAAAUGCGCAGCACUUUUAAGACUGAGGCACUGUAAAUACAUCCAGGGACUGUGAGAGAGGAUGGGUAAGAUAAUAAAGGCACGUUGGAAAUGCCUGGCUACAUUAACGUGUUCAAACGUGUGUUUCUGUAAAUUUCUUAUCUGCAAUGUGUAAAUUUUUCAUGGACUUUCAUUGAACAUAUCUGCUGCUGUUCCAUCCUUCACGCCUGCAGGAGGACUUCAGGGGAGAAAAUGUUUGAAAAGGACUGCUUUGGAGCUGCACAAAAGACUAAAACAAGACAGUUUGAGGUCUGAAAAGUUUGCUUUCACACUCGACGAGAAAACCGAUGAUUUCCUCCAUCAUAUGCAACCUGCGAGUCAACUCGGCCCACUUCAUUUUAGCUCCUAGUUUUGAAAAAUAAAAGUUUCUGCAAAAGACACGGAUCCCAAAUGCAGCAGUAAGACGUGACAUGUCAGACGUGAGGUUUAAUGCAGUUGGAUGAGCGAGUUGUUGGUGUACAGGAUUUUUAAUUUUUAAUCUUUGUUUUUUCCAUCAAACAUCACAGCCCUCCUCCUGCGCUCUCUGGGAAACCUCCCCCCUCUCAAACCCUGUGGAGGAAGAAAAAGACGGAAAGUAAUAAGUUGUAGUUUGUCUGUCAAAGCUGCUGAAUUACUGAUAAAAAAUAAAAGGGUAUCAAAUUUACAAAGUGUCAUCGAUGUAUU